AUGCCUUUCACUAAAGUCGAUCACAAGUUCACACACCCUGAAUUAAACUACGAUUCCACUCCGAACUUUCAGCCGUGCAUUAAGGUCUCUGUUUUCUUUAGGAAACUUGAUUCUAUCGACCAUGAUACCUUUUUCGGACACUGGCAGACAGUCCACGCAGAUUUAGCAGUCGCAACUCAGGCAUUUAGAAAGCACAUUGUUCGGUACUCUCAGCACCAUCAAACAGUGGAGAUGAAACAGCGAGCUGAGAGUCUAGGUGAGAAUGUUCUAGACUAUGACGGAUGCGCUCAGCUCUGGGUCAGAUCCUGGGACGACUGGUUGGCAUUCUACAACAGUAAAGAGUACGCUGCGGCACUAAGCGACGAUUGUGACCGCUUUAUGACCUUGCCAAUGACAUAUAUGGUUGGGUACGAGAAUUUGGUCGUUGGGGAGGGGUCAAGAAAGAUGGGUGGAACUGACGGUAUCGAUAUCAGCAGCUUGUAG